UAGAAAGACAUUUUUGUGAUGGGCAUAUUCUGAUAACGGGUUGCCCCCCGCCCCUUCUGCCUAUCACUUGUUCUCAACUAAUACCUCCCUCCUGGCUGCUAUAGUGAUGCUGGGGGAUUCAUUUUCAGUGCGCAACGAGUGGAGAGAACUGGGACCACCUGAAAGUGCCAUCCAACUGGAAGUGUCAUCUACUCAAUAAAACAGGACUUCACAAAAGGCAACUUUUCUUUUUUGUUAUUUUUCUGUUUAAGCGUCGUUGGGAUUGUUCAGCAUGGAGGUAAACAACUGGAACCUUAAUCCGAAAACCUCAUGCUUUUGCAGCAGAACCGAAGACAUGUACUUGCGUUCAGUUCGGACAACGAACUGCUUCUAUCGGUUCAAUAAUGUUUGCCUUUGAAGGGUUUUCAAAGCUAAAGCGUGGCUGUUUACCUGAAAUUAAUUACUGUGUGGAGUGUGUCACGCCAUGGGGAAAGAAACAUAAGCUUGUCCAUUAUGGAUUUAGUGCAACGAACUUUACGAACGUCCAAUGCAUCAGGUGACGCGAACGAGACCAGCACACUCAUCCCAGCACCGCAUUCUCAAUGUGUGGCUGUUCUCAUAAUUAUCGUGGUCUUUAUCAUCAUUUUGUUGACAAUCGUGGGAAAUAUCCUGGUUGUUGUGGCAGUGUUCACCAGCCGUGCGCUUCGAGCUCCCCAAAACCUGUUCUUGGUUUCUCUGGCAUCCGCCGAUAUUUUAGUCGCCACAUUGGUUAUCCCCUUCUCUCUCGCUAAUGAGGUUAUGGGGUAUUGGUAUUUUGGCAGCACCUGGUGUGCGUUGUACCUGGCACUGGACGUGCUCUUCUGUACGUCAUCAAUUAUCCACCUCUGCGCAAUAAGUUUGGAUAGGUACUGGUCCGUCACCAAAGCAGUGAGAUACAACCUGAAGAGGACUCCAAGACGAAUCAAAUGUAUGAUCACGGUGGUAUGGGUCAUAUCUGCCGUCAUAUCUUUUCCACCCCUUAUGAUGACAGAACAUAAUGAGAUGGAAUGUUUGUUGAAUAACGAAACGUGGUAUAUACUUUCAUCUUGCGUUGUCUCAUUCUUUGCACCCGGUCUAAUAAUGAUUCUGGUGUACUGCAAAAUAUAUAGGGUUGCGAAACAACGCGCCGCCACCGUCUUUGUGGCUAAAAACAGUAUGGAGAGGCAGCCCUCGCAAUCAGAGACAUUUUUUGUGCGAAAGUGUAAAGUCGAAGAGGACAUCCCUAGCGUCAGUCGCUGCAAAGUCGAGCGUACGGGGGAAUUGGAUGACAUCAAUCUGGAAGAGCACUAUGUCUCUAACAAUAAACCAAAACCUUUUCGCUUUUCCAGCAGAAGAAAAGUGGAGGGAGCUAACGCAUGCCCGAAGAAAAACGGUCGUUUAUCUUGGGCUUCCCAGCGCAACUCGCACUUUCUGCAUGAGCCAAGGGCUAGACAGUUGUCCAUUUCGAAAAACAAAAUCGCCCAAAUGCGAGAGAAGCGUUUUACUUUCGUGCUUGCAGUGGUCAUGGGUGUGUUUGUGCUUUGCUGGUUUCCUUUCUUUUUCACUUACAGCCUGCAUGCCGUUUGCAGAGAAAGUUGCACGAUACCAGACUCUCUUUUCACUCUGUUUUUCUGGAUUGGCUAUUGCAACAGCUCUGUAAAUCCCAUUAUUUAUACCAUUUUUAACCAUGACUUUCGAAAAGCCUUCAAAAAGAUUAUGUGCCAUAGUAGGAGAGGGCCAUAACCCGUGUGGCAAGUGAGAAAUAAUGAAGCAUUUUGAUUGAAGGUCCACAAAGGAAGAAUAUUAUCCUGUUUGCGUCUGCAGCAAACGCAUUUGAUCUUUUGAUAAAUAUGUAGCCUAGUGUUGUUUUGAUUAGGCUAUCCACAAAUCAUCACAAUCCUGUGGUUAAAAUCAAUCCAUGGCCAUUAUUCAGCUUUGUCAAUGUCUAGAAUUAUGUCUUUGAAUUGACAGGAAAUUACAUGUCAAAUUUGCCAGUAAACCUCAUGUUGUAAAUGAGAUUCAAAACCUUGUCUUUGUGAAGUAAAGAUACUGUCAGCAGCAGAGCAUAUUAGGACUACUCUUGAACGUAGUGUCCAUGUGACUCAAUGUCCAUAGUACUUGAAAAUGUUCUCACCUUCUCACCCAUACUAUAACAUAAUAGGAAAACACAUUUCAAAUGUAUUAUCAUUCACUGGGUGUAUGUGGUAUGCCCACAUGAACAGUAUAAAUUAUAAUUAAUUCAUUUAAAAGAAUAUUGUGCUUGUAUGAAACUAUUGUUGAUAUUGAAUCUGUGCUGUCUACAUUUAGGCAACAUAUUAUAUAAUACAG